CCAGCAACAACAUCCUCCUGAAUGCCAGCCACCAGGCCAAGGUGACCGACUUUGGCAUGUCCAAGAUUGCAGCCUCCGAUUCCUCCAUGACCCGCAGUAAGGUGACCCAGUGUCCAGGAACACUGGUCUACAUGCCACCAGAGGCCCUUUGUCCUAAGCCUAGCUAUUCUGACAAGAUCGACACAUUCUCCAUUGGAGUUCUCCUUCUCCAGAUUGCCACCAGAAAGUUCCCUGCUCCUGGUGAAGCAUUUGUCACAAAGACAGAUCCAAAAUCUCCUACCAACGUAAGCUAUGUUCCGGUUUCAGAGGUUGACCGAAGAAAGUUAGCUAUUGACGAGGUCCCAGCCUGAAGUCGUUUUCUCCCAGUCAUUAGAGACUGCCUCAAAGACAAGAGUAAAGACAGACCAACAGCUGACCAGCUCUGCCGGUGCCUAGAGGAGCUGAAGAAUACUGAGUGCUCUUGGAAUUACUAGUCACCAUCAGUUGCCUCAGUUCCGAGCUCUCGUUGAGCAGUCAAAGCCAGAGGCAAAUGUUGU